CUCGCUUGUAUUAAAAUGAAGCGCUUGAAGAACUUUUUAGUUAGCUUUUCAAACCAGAAUAUUUUUCUCGAGAAAGAAUAUAUUGUCAGUUUUCUUUCCUAUCUGAUUAAUUUGUCUUUGUUUUUAUGGAACUGUCCUCAGAAGUCUGAAACGACAAUUCGUGUGUUUGAUAGAAAUGAGUACUAUACCGUCCAUGGGAAUGAUGCAACUUUCAUUGCCAAAGAAAUAAUCAAGUCUUUGAAUAUUGUUAAGCACAUAGGGGCUGGAGAAACGAAGAUGCCUUCCAUUGCAUUAAGCAAGCCUAAGUUUGAAUCAACAAUCCGCGAGCUCUUAUUAGUUCGACAGUAUCGAGUUGAAAUGUAUCAAAACAAAGGUGGCAAAGGAGCUAAACAAAACUGGUUUCUUGCUGGAAAGGCUUCUCCAGGAAACUUACAGCAGUUUGAAGAUAUUUUGUUUGGCAACAAUGAAAUGUCCAGUUCUGUUGCGGUGAUGGCUUUUAAACUCAUUGGGAACUCUAAUCAAAAGGUUUUAGGUGCAGCAUGUAUUGAUGUUUCAGAAAGGAGUAUUUCCGUCUGUGAAAUUGCUGAUGAUGAUCAAUUUUCUAAUGUUGAGGCAUUGUUAGUUCAGAUGGGUCCAAAAGAAUGUAUUAUUCAAGCUAAUGAUAAAUCAGCUGAUGCUGUCAAAUUAGAAGAAGUUAUUAAACGAUCUGGAAUUCUUAUUACCAAAAGGAAAAAAGGUGAUUUCUCGUCCAUCGACAUUGUGCAGGAUCUCAACAGACUUUUAAAGAAUAAUCCUGGAGAUAGUUCGGCUUUGCCUGAGGUUGAUUUGAAACAAGCGAUGGAAUGCGUUGCUGUGAUUAUAAAGUAUCUUGAGGUACUGUCUGAUGAGUCAAACUUUGGUCGUUUUCGUUUGUCCACCAUUGACUUGAGUCAACACAUGAAACUUGAUGCGGCAGCUGUUCAUGCUUUGAAUAUUUUACCUUCUUCCACAGAUGGCUCCAAGUCCAUGUGUUUGAUGAAUUUGCUAAAUAAAUGCAGAUCUCCUCAAGGCAAGAGACUUUUGGGACAAUGGAUUAAACAGCCUUUACUGGAUGAACAACGCAUAGGCGAAAGACUGAAUAUCACGGAGGCUUUUGUCAACAACGUACUUUUGCGUCAAACAGUUCAGGAGGAACUGAGGCGGUUUCUUGACUUCUCAAGAAUGGCGAAGAAGUUUCAGAAAAGUCGAGCGACACUAAAGGACUGUGUGCGUGUGUAUCAGGCGGUGGCCAGGAUUCAGGAACUUGUGACGGGUUUAGAAGAAUGCAAUGAUGAACAUCAACCACUGAUUACUGAAGUGUUUAUCAUACCACUGCAGGAACUAAUGCAAGACUUCACAAAAUAUAAUGAACUGAUAGAAACAACCAUUGAUUUUGAUCAAAUAGAAAAUCAGGAAUUUCUUAUCAAACCUUCAUUUGACGAGGCCCUUCAAGAAUGCAGAGAAAGCAUGGAUCAAUUGCAGCAGAAAAUUCCUCGAGAAUUAAAUAAGGCUGCGAGUGAGUUGGGUCUAGAAGCUGGAAAAACAAUCAAACUGGAAACGAGUAACCAGUUAGGAUAUUUUCUACGCAUCACAAGAAAGGAAGAGAAAAAGUUACGUGGUAAAAAGCCUUACAUUACGCUGGAAACGAAGAAAGAUGGCGUACGUUUUACGACUUCCGUUUUAAGACGAAUAAACGAAGAGUUUCGCGUUUUGAAGAACACGUACGAUGAUGUUCAAAGUAAACUUGCAGAUGAAGUGUUAAAAGUUGCAGGUGGUUACGGUGAACCGAUGCAAAUUUUGAGUGAUGUCCUGGCAAAACUUGACGUCUUAGUUAGUUUUGCUCACGUAGCUGCUUGCGCUCCUAUACCUUACUGUCGUCCGAAGAUAUUACCAAAAGAGCAAGGGCUGAUAGAGUUGAAAGCUUGUAGGCAUCCAUGUUUAGAAGUUCAGGACGAUGUUUCUUUUAUCCCAAACGACGUUAUAUUGAAAAGAGAUGAACAAUAUUUCCUGAUUAUUACUGGCCCUAACAUGGGUGGCAAGUCAACAUAUAUACGAUCGGUGAGUGUUGCUGUACUCAUGGCUCAAAUUGGAUGCUUUGUUCCAUGUGAGGAGGCCAGUAUUUCUAUCCGAGACGCAACAUUAGCAAGAGUCGGAUCUUCUGACAAUCAAGUAAAAGGUGUUUCCACUUUUAUGUCAGAAAUGCUCGAAACUUCCUCGAUACUAAGGAUUGCGACUGAAAACUCUCUUAUCAUUAUCGAUGAGCUUGGACGGGGAACAUCAACUUACGAUGGCUUUGGUUUAGCUUGGGCUAUUUCAGAAUACAUAUCGACGCGUAUAAAGGCCCCAUGCCUCUUUGCAACUCAUUUUCAUGAAUUGACGGCGUUGGCCGAUGUUGUUCCUACUGUUAGAAACUAUCACGUGACUGCCAUGGCUACAGAUAAUUGUCUUACUUUGUUGUACAGAAUAAAACCAGGUGUCUGCGAUCAGAGUUUUGGAAUACAUGUCGCCGAGUUAACAAAUUUUCCUCUUAAAGUGAUCGAGUUUGCAAAAAGAAAAGCUAUUGAAUUGGAAGAUUUUCAAGACCAGACUGGAAACUUUACCUGUGACGUGGAUGAGGAGAAGUCUCUAGCAAAAAAGCGUCGUUCGGAUAAAAAGGAAGGAGACAAAAUGAUUUACAAAUAUCUCCAAAGUGUAGCUGCUUUGCCGAUUGACGAUCUGACCGAUUUACAAGUUUCAGAGCAAUUUGCUUCAUUUAAACAAGAUCUUCUCGAGAAGAAUAAUAGUUACGUGACCGCUAUGUUGUCCAGGAACAUAGAAUUAUGAAAAAACUUUGAAAUGAACUCACGCAAAACAAAUAUUUGCAGAAUCUCAUAAUUAUUCGAUUUGAAAAUUUGAUUUGAAUGUUAGUGCUUGUUUUGUUGUGAAAACUGCAUUAAGAUUUUGAACAUGUUUAACAUAUUGAAAUGUUUUUUUUCUUGCAGUAGGAUUUAUAAUACAAAUUAAUGAGUUCAUGUCGCUACAAGAGUUUUCAGUGCUAUUAAUAAACUUAUUUGACUUUCCUUCCAA